UUAGUCUAACAAACGAUGAGCGGCGAGACUAGGGUUUUGGCGAGAAACGACACUAGGGCUUUGACUUCGGAGGAUCAGGAUGCAACCAUGAUGGAUGUGGGGGAGAGAUCGAGACCGCCAGGAGACCCGCCUGAUAGGGUGACCACAUGGGCAGCGAAGGCGGCGGGUACGACGGCAGGAGGUAUGCCGGUUCCAGAGGCUUUGAUUGAUGAUGUGUUUGUGUCGAGAAGGCUCAGAGUAGAUUUUCCGAAUGGAGAAGAUGGAGAACCAUCGAUCACGAUUGAGAACGAGGUACUUGAAGCAAUGAACGGGAUGUGGAAGCAGUGUAUGAUUGUUAGGGUUUUGGGAAGGAAUGUUCCGAUCUCUGCCUUGAGUAGGAAGCUAAGGGAAUUAUGGAGUCCGAAGGGAUCGAUGUAUGUGAUGGACCUACCUCGACAGUUCUUCAUGGUCCGGUUUGAAAAGGAGGAUGAAUAUCUGGAGGCGUUAACAGGAGGACCAUGGAGGGCUUUCGGAAGUUAUCUCAUGGUGAGAGCCUGGUCACCGGAGUUUGAUCCGUUAAGAGACGAUAUCGUUACAACACCAGUCUGGAUCAGAUUAACAAAUAUUCCAGUGAAUUUUUACCACCGAUCGAUCCUUAUGGGAAUUGCUAAGGGGUUGGGCAAGCCGAUUCGUGUGGAUCAAACUACAUUGAACUUCGAAAGGGCUCGUUUUGCGAGAAUUUGUGUGGAGGUUAAUCUAGCAAAACCUUUGAAAGGAACAGUGUUGAUUAAUGGUGAGAGAUACUUUGUAGCGUAUGAGGGACUAUCGGAGAUCUGUUCAAAGUGUGGUAUCUAUGGACACUUGGUACAUAGCUGCCCAAAAACGAUUGCGGAGCGAGCGGCAGCUCUACUAAUACAGAAGGAGAGGUCAGUACCUGUUGAGGUCGCGUCCACACAAGGACUACCAGAGCAGGAGGAGGGUUUCAUUAAGGCAAGGGGAUCGAGAAGAGUAGCUCCUCCGUUACCUCGGCCGGCGACUGCCAGGACAAGGGAACUACAUGAGGAGGUUGAUAGAAAUGGCUGAGGAACAGAACGGAUUAAGGAACCGGAGCAUCUUGUGUUAUCAAACAAGUACGGAA